AUGCAACCGUUCUCGUCGAGCCAGACAAUGGCGACGGAGAUACCGACGAGUUUGCCACCCGACAGGGUAACUUCGCCGACACCCUGUCGCAAUCUCACCUUCUCUAUCGCUAAGAUUAUGGAACCCGAUAAGCGAUUGACAGAGUCCAGUCAGCAACAAUCAGUAGCCUCCACCAUAAAUAUAUGCACGACGGCGACAACGAUACUCCAACAGGCAGCUCCUACCCUAUCGAUGAGCUACUCGGCACAUCUCGAAUCCGCCUUCAAGAAAUACGUUCCGACUUUCAGUCAUCAUCAGAAUCUUCUUCAGUACUAUCCUCUCCUCCACUACCACACAAGUCCCCUUCUACGAUCUUUUCCUGGACCGGCGCCUUCAUCCACGACGCCCACGACGACGCAAAAUAGUCGAUCGCCUCCGCUUACUCAUCAAGAGACCUCCAGAUUAUCCUUGUCCUCCAGCUCGCCGGAGGAGCCCUGUACCAGAGAAAAGAAGAAUUCGUCACCCCGAGAUGCCGUUAACAGCAACUCGGCCAAGCAAAAGAGCUUUACCUGCUCGGAAUGCGGUAAAGUCUUUAAUGCUCAUUACAAUCUUACCAGACACAUGCCCGUACAUACGGGCGCCCGACCCUUUGUCUGCAAAAUCUGCGGCAAGGGCUUCCGGCAGGCGAGUACACUUUGCAGGCACAAAAUCAUUCACACGGCUGAAAAACCACACAAGUGCCAGACUUGCGGCAAGGCGUUCAAUCGCAGCUCGACUUUAAAUACUCAUACGAGGAUUCACGCCAAUUACAAGCCCUUCGUUUGCGAGUUUUGUGGUAAAGGCUUUCAUCAGAAAGGCAACUACAAGAAUCACAAGCUCACGCACAACGGCGAAAAAGCUUACAAGUGUAAUAUUUGCAAUAAGGCCUUCCAUCAGAUCUACAAUCUCACAUUCCAUAUGCACACGCAUAACGAUAAGAAGCCCUUUAGCUGUAAAAUAUGCGGGAAGGGCUUCUGUCGUAAUUUCGAUUUAAAGAAACACAUGAGGAAGCUACACGACACGGGCUCUCCGGUAUCGCUGAGUGCAUUGGGCAGUUCCAGUCAAAGUCAUGGACAGCAAUCGGGAUAUUCAUCGAUUCAUCAUGGGCCGACGGGCCAUGCGUUUGUCAGUCCGUUUUUACUGCCACCGCCCGGAUCGAACAGUUAUCUGAGUAAAAUGUUGUGACAGGACAAUUUGCACUUCGUCAGGAAGAAUCAGUGCCCAUUGAUUUUG